UUGGAAAACUGAAAAAGAGACGAAGUUCGAGAUGACAAAGAAAAAUGGAGCGAACACUUUCUUGGAAAUGUACACGUGGCUGCACGAUAAAAAUGGGGCAGCAAAGAAAUUUACAAAAAUGUGGUCGUCUUGUGAACUUUUUUGUUGCGGCUCUUCAUCACUCCAUCAACUCCAUGUGCUGUGUUUGGCAGGGUUGGAGGCCUGAUCCAGCCAUCUUUAAACACGAUAUGCCAGUUUUGUGCUGAUAAUGAUAUGUCAUCAUCACCAAUCUCGGUAUCAACACUUGAUGGAUAAACAGCAUCUUUCUGGAUUGGAGAAACUACUGAUGCCGGUCGAGUUAUGGAUCUCCUCUUUCCAUUUCUUUCAAUCCUCUCUGCCCUCGUGUAUACCCAUGUGUGUGUGGGUGUAUAUUCACGAGAACGUCCUACGUCCUACCUUGUCUAGUGGAUUCAACUUUUCAGCGGAUGGAUGGAGCACUUGUGGAUGCUUGGCAGAAUAUUUCCCAGGCUUAAAGGCUCUAAAGGACAUGGAUUCCGGUGACUGGGCAGUGCGGAAUUCCAAUAUAAGCCGAUCGCCAAGAGGAGGAGGGAGGGAGGAUUGCGGAUUUGUCCUGCCCGUCUCGUGCCAGAUUCAUCCGAUGAGAGUGAUGCUAGUAUGAGCGGUGGUGGUGGACAACUCGACGACGACAACAGCAACAACAACCGGAUGGUGUUGUUGUUGGCGGAAGGAUGUCGGCCGACGGGGUGGCGGCCGUGGUGAGCGGAGUCGACCUGGCCUUGGUCUCCUGGAUGGACGGGCCCGUCGUCGACCUGUCCAGCAUUAGUGUAGGAGCCGGCCAGUCUCGACGGGAGCCGCCCGGCCAUCACCAUCAGCGCAUCGGCCGUUGUUUGUGCGCCAAAGAUGGCGUGGCUUUUGUGAUGGCGCCAAAUACAAAUUCGACCGGUGCAACAACAGCAACAGCAGGGACAACAACAACAACAACCACCAAAUCGGUGACAGUGGUGACGCCCACCCAGUCGGGCCAGCACGGCGACGGAUCGUCUUCGGCCUCGUCGGCCGCCACGUUGCCGUUGCUGAAACCGACUUUGAAGAAAGCCCGGCCGGCGGCCUCUUCUUCGUACACUAGUGCCACGCCCAGCAGCAAAACUUUGUCCAUCGAUCGACGCCACCACAUGGUUCCUCAUCUUGUUCCUCAAGUGGUCGAAGUUGCCGGACCCGUCCAUCGAACCACCAAGCCCAUCCAACAGACUGGGCAAGUGUCGAGGACCAACUCUUGUUCGGCCGAAGGAGGAGCCGGACGGACGGCCGCAGUCGCUGCCAUUGGCAAUGACAAGUUGAAUCGGUCCAGCAUCAGCGUUUGCUCGAGGAAUCAGCAGCCGACGGUGGUGGGAGAGUCGGUGCCGGCCACCAAACCGAUCCUGUCGCGGAAGAACUGGAACAACACGAUCGACGCGAGCGGUUCGGCCCGCCACCAGCCGUCCUGUUUGCGCCGCUACGGCAGCCAGCAGAGCUGCAAAAGCGCCACGACUCUGCGCUCCUACGUGGCCAGCACGUCCAGCAACAGUCGAGGUGGUAAGAAUCAUCAUUGCGGUCGGUCCGGCACUGCUGGAGGCGAUCCAUCUAAUGCAAACAGCGGAGGAGGUGGAGGAGGAGGAGGAGGCCAUCACAAUAACUCCGAAGUGGGAGACGAUGCUCUCUCCGGCCUUGGAGGAUUGAACGAUGACAAGAUCUCCGGCGGUCCGGGACUCAACGAACGAGAACUCUGGUCCCUUCACAGGGCCGUCCCCGGACUCCGGCGUCACGACCCACGGACUUCCACCAUCCGCCAACACUACUACCCAGAGGGCGGAUGGGGAUGGCUGGUGGUUGGCGCUGCUUUUCUGGUCCAGGUGCUGACGACCGGCCUGCAGCUGGCCUUUGGAGUCAUGGCCGCUCAAAUCGCCCGCCAUUUCUCUCGUCAAGACUCGAGCGCAGCAGCUUCUUCACUCCACAUGGAAGCAGUGUGGAUAGGCGUGAUCCAGUUGAGCGGGAGCUGGCUGUGGACACCUCUGGUGGUGGCCCUGUGUCGUCGCAAGUCGACCCGGUUGACGGCCGUCCUGGGAGGCCUCGUCUUGGCGCUGGCCGCUCUCUUCGCCUCCUUCGCCCAGCAACUUCACCAAGUCUUUCUCAGUUACGGAGCCUUAAUGAGCAUCGCCAUCGCCUUGGUGAGGGAAUCGUCGGCCCUGAUGGUGGGCCAGUAUUUCAAACGUCGGCGCGACUUUGUCGAAAUCGUCGUCCAAAUGGGCGCCGGAAUCGGCGUCAUCCUCUUCUCCGUUUUCUUCAAGGAAGCGCUCGGUCAGAUGGGCUGGCGUCUUGGACUGCAAGCGGCGACCGGACUCCUCCUGUCGGCCUUCUUUCUGGGCACCUUCUAUCGUUCGGCUAGUCUCUACCACCCGCAGCGAAGGGCCAUCCUUCAUCUCAAGACUCAGCGCAAAAAAGUCAAAGUCAAAGGGAAGCCGAGCAACGACCGGCCGCCCUAUUUCGACUUCUCCGUUCUGCGACUCAAGAGCCUCCGCAUGAUCCUCCUGUCGUCCGGCAUCGGAGCCAUCGGCGCCUACACUCCGCUCUUUUAUCUGGCGCUGCAAGGAGAAGAGGACGGUUUGGAGGCCAGCGAUUUGUUGCUGAUUCACACCUUCAUGGGUUUGGCCAUGGCGGCCGGCACAGUCAUCGUCGGCCUAGUCGUCCUCCGGCCCAGCCCACAAUGCCUCAUUUCACUUCAGUAUUUAUGUCAGGCCACGCUCUAUGGAAUAGGUCUGUCACUGCUGGCGCUGGCCACGGUCAACGGUUACCACGGCUACGUCCUCUUCGCUUGGCUCUACGGAUUCUGCCUGGGCGGCUACCAGUACGCCGUCCACCAGUACACGCUGGACAGGGUCCGUGCCAGGCAAUUCGCCCGAGGAUGGAGCCUCGUCCUGGCCGUCCGCUCCUUGCCAACUCUCUUCGGCGUCCCCAUAGCAGGUUACAUCAAUCAAAGUACUCCGCGGGCGGGGUAUUAUUUUUCGUUCACUUUCACCGUCAUCGGCGCAUCGCUGCUCUUCCUAUCGAAAAUGUACCGACGGGCGGCGCCGCCCAAUUUGUUCCUGGGACGCCGAUCCUCGCCGCCGUCGUUCCACCACCGCUCGUCGGACGGCGCUGGAAGCAGCGGCCACCACCACCACCAUCACAGCAACCACAAAGAGUCUAGAGACAAGUGCAGUCAGGAGCCGUUGAUUUACAGGAGUCAAAUGAGCAACGGCAGCAGCAGCGCCGCCGCCGCCGCCUCUGCCUCUGCCCAGCCGGCACAUUCCAGCAGCAUCCGGACCGUUCACCAGGACGUUUGCACUUGCACGCAACCACCGCCCCCGCCGCCCCCGCCACCGCCUCCGCACUUGGACAAUCAGGAUCCGCUCAAAUUGCCCAAGAAUCUCGGCCGGCGGAUCGCCCUCAAACUCGGCCUGCACGCCAUCCCGUGGAAGCGGAAUCCCAUUGCGGAAUUUUUCAACGGGACCCCCGACAUGAGUUUGCAGCCCAUGAGCCACGGUCAGCAUUUCCACCAUCCGACGGCCUGCCCGCUCAAACAGUCGGCCUCCAAUCCGGGCUACCCGUUCGACAUUGAGUGGGACGCCGAGUACUGGAACGGUUGCCUGGGCAGCUGCAACCACUUGGCGAUGGAAGGCGAGUGCGACAUUUGCCAGAGCUGCGCCGACUGCGGUCUGCCGCUGGACGACGACGACGACUACAUCGACGACGAUUGCCAAAUCCACUCGGAAAUGCAACUGCCCGACGCCAUUGAUAUACCGGAACUUCCACCCGAGGUCAAGAGGUACAGGAUGUUGAAGCGGUCCCUUCGCGAAAUGAGUCUCAGCGAUCCUGAACUGCUUCAGAAGGCCGGCACCUGCGACUACGGGAUUCAUUACCGGGAGCAAGGCAUUCCCCGGCUGCCGCCCAAGCUGCUCCGACGCCAGAACACGUGGCACGACGUCAGCGUCCUCACGCGUGACGUCGACGUGAUUGAACAGAUCACCACUUCAGUGUGAUUUUUAUUCUCGAAGAAGAAGAAAAAAAAACAGUAUUACGUACCAACUUCCUUU